AUGGAGGCGCCGGACGAGGAGGCUGGGCUGGGACUCCCUGAGGGCGAGCGGCUGCUGGAGGUGGCCCUCAUCUCCGCGCAGGGGCUCAAGCUCCCCUCCGGCCUACGGCGGCGGCUGCACGCGUACGCCGUGGCCUGGGUCGACGCCGGGCACAAGCUCCAGACCCGCGCCGACGACACGGGCGGCCUCGACCCGGCGUGGCACGCGCGCCUCCUCUUCCGCGUGCGCGAGGCCUCGCUCGCCGAUGACUCGCGCGCUGCCGUCUCCGUCGAGAUCUACGCUGCCGCCGCAAGCUCCUGGCACCUCGUCGGGGACUCGCUCGUCGGCUCGGCGCGCUUCCUCCUUGGCGACCACCGCCUCCUGUCCCGCCCCGUCGGCUCCCCCUCUAUGUUCGCCGUCGGCGUGCGCCGCCCCUCCGGCAGGGUCCACGGCCUCCUCAACGUGGCCGUGAGCCUCGUCGCGGUGCCACCGUCCCCGGCCGCCUGCCACGCCCUCCGCCUCUCGCCGGCCGUCUCCCUCAGCGGCCUCUCCGUGGCGCCCACCCCAAACCGCGUGCUCCGCGUCCUCAACCGCACGCACCCGACACCUCCACCGUCCCCGAGGCUUCUUACGCCCAGGAAGCAGCAGGUGGUGGUCAAGACCGACAAUAAGGUCGCGGACGACGGCAGCGAUGAGGAAGGGGCCGAGGAAGACGCGAGGGGGAUGGGCGGGGUCGUCUUCUGCGGUCCCUGCGUCUUACCAUUACCAAGGAAGAUACACACGAGCCCCUCAGACGAGAACCUGCAGGCCUUCGCUAACAUCAUCUCUGGCGGCGGGCUCAGGCAUUGCCGGCGGAGCCCUCAUUUUUUAGGAGUCCAGGCAAGUAGGCUCCAUUUGACUUCUUGA